UUUGAGCAGAAACCUGCAGCGCUUCUCUUGUUGCUCCUCUGUGAUGGAAACGCUCUCUGAAGGAAUGGCAUCUGCAAGGCAGCUGGCAGAGAAGAGGAAUCUAACCCUUACCCCCGGCACUACCAGCACCAUACCAAAGACAACGCAUUCAUCAGGACCUCAGCUCUAAGAGGACGGAGGAUGGCAGGAGGUGUAAGGAGGAACACAGGGAUGGGAAAUCGACUGGGGUUAUAUGUGACGUUUUGGGCAGUGAGUGUGUUAAUGGGAGCUGAUCUGAGCUGGCUGGGCCUGAAAGAGCGGGUUGGGGUCAACGCCCAGAACAAUGAGAGAAGGGUAUUGGCACAUAUACCUGGUGACAUCAUUAUAGGAGCUCUGUUCUCUGUCCACCACCAACCACCUGCAGACAAGGUCCACGAGCGGAAGUGUGGUGCGGUGCGUGAGCAGUAUGGGAUCCAGAGAGUAGAGGCCAUGAUGCACACUCUGGAUCGAAUUAAUGCAGACCCCACGCUCCUCCCGAACAUCACCUUGGGCUGCGAGAUCAGGGACUCAUGCUGGCACUCCGCGGUGGCACUCGAGCAGAGCAUUGAGUUCAUUCGGGACACUCUAGUGUCCAGCGAAGAGGAGGAGAGCCAGGGCAAGUGUACUGCAGAGGCGGGGAGCUUGCUGGUUCAGGGGAAGAAGCCCAUCGUGGGUCUGAUCGGACCGGGAUCAAGCUCCGUGGCCAUCCAGGUGCAAAAUCUCCUCCAGCUCUUCAACAUCCCACAGAUUGCCUACUCAGCCACUAGCAUGGAUCUCAGUGACAAGAGCUUGUAUAAAUAUUUCAUGAGGGUAGUGCCAUCAGAUAUGCAACAGGCCAGAGCCAUGGUGGACAUCGUCAAGAGAUACAGCUGGAGCUACGUGUCUGCAAUACACACAGAGGGUAAUUAUGGAGAGAGCGGCAUGGAGGCAUUUAAAGACAUGGCAGCAAAGGAGGGACUCUGCAUCGCCCACUCCGACAAGAUCUACAGCAACGCAGGUGAACAGAGCUUUGAUAAGCUACUGCAGAAACUACGUGGCCACCUGCCCAAAGCCAGGGUUGUGGCCUGCUUCUGCGAGGGCAUGACGGUGCGAGGCAUACUGAUGGCCAUGAGGCGACAACGCCUGGUGGGAGAGUUUCUGCUGCUUGGAAGUGACGGCUGGGCGGACAGGUACGAUGUGACUGAUGGCUACGAGAGGGAGGCAGCUGGUGGAAUCACUAUAAAGCUGAAGUCUGCGUAUGUGACCUGGUUCGACGAUUACUACCUGAACCUGAAGCCCGACGCCAACCCGAGGAACCCCUGGUUCCCCGAGUUCUGGCAGCACCGCUUCCAGUGCAGGUUGAGGGGACACCCGCAGGAGAGCGCCAUGUACAACCGCACCUGCACCUGGAGAGAGUCUCUGCGUCAUCAGUACGCCCAAGACACCAAGAUGGGCUUUGUCAUAAAUGCCAUCUAUUCCAUGGCUUACGGCCUGCAUGCCAUGCAGCAAUCCCUCUGCCCAGGAUAUAAGGGUUUGUGCGAGACCAUGCGGCCCAUUGACGGCCGCAAGCUGCUGGACUUCCUGAUGAGAACCAACUUUACCGGCGUAUCUGGGGAGACCAUCCACUUUGACCAGAAUGGAGACUCGCCUGGCAGGUAUGAAAUCAUGAACUUCAAGCACAUAGGCGAGGAUGAGUACGCUUACAUCCAUGUGGGAAGCUGGGAUCAGGGUGGCCUGAAGAUGAACGAUGAGGAAAUCUGGAGUAACAACAGUGACAUCAUCCAGUCAGUCUGCUCUGAGCCCUGCCAGAAGGCACAGAUCAAGGUGAUCCGUAAAGGAGAGGUGAGCUGCUGUUGGACCUGCACUCCCUGCAAGGAGAAUGAGUUUGUGUUUGAUGAGUACACUUGUCGAGCCUGUAUCCUGGGCUCCUGGCCCACAGAUGACCUCACUGGUUGUGAGCCAAUCCCGGUGCAGUACGUGCGUUGGGGGGAUCCAGAGCCCAUCGCUGCAGUGGUCUUCUCCUGCCUGGGCCUCAUGGCUACACUUUUUGUUACUUCUGUCUUUAUCAAAUUUUGGGACACACCUGUGGUCAAGUCAUCCAGUCGUGAGCUCUGCUACAUCAUCCUGGCCGGAAUAUGUCUGGGCUACCUGUGCACCUUCAGCCUUAUCGCCAAGCCCCACAUAAUCUACUGCUACCUCCAGCGGCUGGGAAUCGGCCUGUCCCCGGCCAUGAGCUACUCCGCUUUGGUCACCAAGACCAACCGUAUAGCGCGGAUCCUGGCAGGCAGCAAGAAGAAGAUCUGCACCAAGAAACCUCGCUUUAUGUCCGCCUGCGCACAAUUGGUCAUCGCCUUCCUACUCAUACUGCUGCAGCUGGGGAUUAUUGUGGCACUUCUUAUCAUAGAGCCACCACAGGUGAUCUAUGACUACCCAAGUAUCCGUGAGGUACACUUGAUCUGUAACCUGACCACUCUGGGGGUGGUGGCGCCGCUGGGCUACAAUGGCCUGCUUAUCCUCAGCUGCACCUUCUACGCCUUCAAGACUCGUAACGUGCCAGCUAAUUUUAAUGAGGCCAAGUAUAUUGCCUUCACCAUGUACACCACCUGCAUCAUCUGGCUGGCCUUUGUCCCUAUUUACUUUGGCUCCAACUACAAGAUCAUAACCAUGUGCUUCAGUGUCAGCCUCAGUGCCACAGUGGCUCUCUGCUGCAUGUUUGUCCCAAAGGUGUACAUCAUGCUCGCCAAGCCGGAGAAAAAUGUCCGAAGUGCUUUCACAACAUCCACAGUGGUGCGCAUGCAUGUAGGUGAUGCCAAGAAAGCUGCCAAGACUGGCAAGCCCUCCAGCAGCAUGGCCAACUUGUUUCGACGCCGCGGCUCUGCACAGGACGACAUCAGUUCCAAUGGGAAAUCAAUGACUUGGGCGCAGAACGAGCGCGGCUACAGACCGAACCUGUGGAAAAGGAUGUCAUUCCAUGUCAAGAAGAAAGACACAGUGGAGGCAAACCAGACAGCCAUCAUCAAACCCUUCUCUAAAGGAGGAGAUAUACCUGCGGACACUGCUGUCAAAGAGCACUACGAAGAGCCUCAGGUGUCUCAGCCCUUCACCUGCUCGCCUCCUGAAUCUCCUCUAACCACCAUCAGCCAGCAUGCAGCCAAGGUGAGGGGUGUCCAGGGAGGAGAGGAUGGAGAGGAGCUGCAAGCUUUAGCCACCUUUGUACCUGAGCACGCUGCUGGGGUCAGAAGAAGAGGCGGGGACAACGGCCAAGGUGUCGGUAUGGUGGAUGGCGGGGACAUCAGCGUCAUACCUGUAGGCGUGGGUGACAUCGGCACAGGGAUGAUUGGGGGGCAAACUCAGGGCACCACCAUCAUGGACCAAAUCAGCUGCGUGGUGAACCGCUUCACCGCCAACAUCAGUGAGCUCAACACCAUGAUGCUGCCGGGGGGAGCCACCGUCAGCCCCAACUCCACCACCGCUUUGCCUGCAGCUGCGGAUGCCGCCCCACCUUGCCCUCCCCAGUUCCUCACAUCCAGGAACAGACAGGCCCCCUCCACUGUCACCACGUACGCUGAGGUGGCGGCUGUUUCCAAUUUCUGCGAGAAUCGACCAGCGGGUAAGAUUUACGAGCACCUGGCCGGGACUUGCGUGAGUAGCAGACGAGCCAAGGAUAUGGAGGAGCUGGUGGCUCUGACGCCCCCCUCCCCUUUCAGAGACUCAUCGCUGAGCUCCAACGGCAGCUCGCCCCCCUCGCUGUCCCCGGCCUCUGAGGCUGAAUAUGACCAGCUGCUGCUGAGACACUACAGCCAGAGCUCCUCUUCUCUCUAAACCUGCUCUCUCUGCACCCCCCCUUGUUUAUCCUCUAAUUGGAGAAUUUUAAACUCCAAGAGACAAAAGUUUCAAACUGGACCAAACUUGGAUGCCUUUCUACACAUGGAUAUUCUGAAUGUUUAAGCAGUUUUUUUUUAAAAUGUAUCUUCAUUUUCAGAUUGGAUUGAAUGCACCCACACAUGCCUCCAAUGUAAGAAAAGUAUCACUGGCAAGACUGAGCAGUGUCAGUGAUUCAUCUCUUGUCUCUAAGCGAGUAAGAAACUUGACAAACUCAAACACACAUGGGCAUUUUACAGACUUUUUUUUAUGUUUCAAUGCUAUACUGACACAGGUUGCUAACUCAGUUUUAAACUUUUCAAAUUCCAAAGAAAAUAUUGAUUCAUUAUCAAAUAGUUAUCAAUCAAAAGUGGAGGAAAUUUACCAAAUACUUAUGUUCAGUGGCUGAAAACGGCUCAUAUAUUGAAUCUUGGAAUGACAUUUGAUUUUUUAGGUAAGUUCAGGUCUUAGGACACAAAAUAGUUGUAUUUCAGUUGUAUAUUUUGCAUCAUCUAUUAUCAUAAACACAGAAAAGGUGAGUUGUUUUUAUUGCUUAUAUUAUUGCUGUUGCAUUCCUGUACAUGUGAUGGUUUUUGUUACUGAUAGAUUGCCCUAUCCUUUGAUAUUCUGAGACUCACCUGAAAGGUCAAACAUGACACAUUUUUACCUAACCUCCAAUUUGUUGUCCAUGCUGGAGGACAUAGGUAUUAUUUGUAUCCCGGCGCUAAAGGACAAAAGUGUAAAGAUGCUGCAUUAUGCAAAUCAGGGAGACAUGUUUUUUUCAAUUCGUGGAGGUUUCCCUUUUCUUGGACAGAAAACAUUUACCGAGAGGACAGGAGCUCUUAUACAUCUCAAGGGAAUGUAAGACAUUUGUCUCAAUGGACACAAUGUCAUCAGGUGUCUCACCCCACAAAGAGCUUAAGGACUACUUGGACUACUUCUUUAAAUUCUCUUCUCUAGGUGUGACUGAAUGUAAGAAAACCUGUCAGCACAUGAAGGGGACCAAAAUGAUCUUCCACAUCAGGAUGUGUCUCAACCAAAAUACUCUCUGAGCGCUGUCAUCUGCUGGCUCUCACAAUGUUUUCUUUUAGUUUGCAUGUUGUCAAGAUUUGUUUGCACUCUUUGAGUUUGUACUUUUUAAUAUUGCACAUGUCGAACAGUUAAGAUGAAUAGAUACAGUAGCAAGGUAAUGAUACUAUUAGUGAUUAUUGAUGUGUUUUUAAGAUUUGUUUUAGGGAGGACAGAGGUGGACUGGAUGUCUGCCAGACUUUUUCAGACAUCUAUUGCAAAACAGCUCGUUUCCAGUCUGACUUUUUACCUACAUAUGUGCCAAUGUCUCCCUGCAGUAAAUGACAUUGUGUUUCUGUAAAUGGGCUCACAUUGAGAAUCCUGCCCUGAGCUCAUUUACAUUCUAAUCUCUCAAACACUUCAGGCACAGGGGGGAUUUUAUUUUUCUAUAAUAUUUUAUGACAUUUUGACUAUGUUAUUUCUUAUGCUUGAACAUAUUCAAUGAAUAUUCAUUUUUUAAUUCUUUUUUUGGAUCUGCAUUUUGGCUUCUCUGAUGAUGUAGAUGAAUGAUAGCAUAGAUUCACAAGCUUGCAUUUUUUCAACUUCUAACUAUGAUGUAACUGAUGAUGGUCAUGAGGGAGAUAGCUUGUGAUUGUUUAACAGAUUAUUUUGGAGUCUGUAAGUUUACACAGGCAGGAAUGUUUUCAUGUUUUUUGAAAUGCGCAGUAAUUAAUUUUUUACUGGUUUUAAGUGUAAAAAAAUCAUCAUGACAGUUGCCAUAUUUGCAUGCAGGUUUGUGCUAAUAGAAAUUUUGCAGGUGCAUACAAUGCUUGAUGCCAAUAAGUCACUGAUAUAAUCUACAGGAGACGUCUUAUAUUUUCACCUGCCUUUCAG